AUCCUUGAUUUCGCACGCUGAAAUAACAACAUGGCGGUCGUCUGCGCACUGUGCUUGGAAAUUAUUAACUGAAAUUUGAAUUCUUUCAGUCGUUGGUCAUUUAAAAGGAUAUUUUGAAACGAGGAAAGUAUUUUGACGUUUGAAGCCUGCUUUUGAGAAAUGCCUUUCGGUGGAAGUGGAGCAAACAAAGCCCCUCUUGGUCCGCUAAAUCCUAUCUUGUUAGGACAAAAGAAGGAAAGCGGAGGCCAGUCGCUUUUGGCUCAGCACCUGAAAAGACGAGAUGAUUCAGAAAAGCAGCGUCAAUACCAAGGAGACAACCAGCAAUCAAACUACAAACAGUCAAACUAUGGUCAGCAAGGGGGCUAUAACCAAGGAUUUGCUCAAACACAGGGUGGAUAUGGUAAUCAACAAACUGGAUAUAGCCAACAGCAAACCCCAUAUAAUCAACAACAAGGCUCCUAUAGCCAACAACAAGAUUCAUAUAGCCAACAACAAGCAGGUUACAACCAAUCAAGAGAUUUUAAUGACCAGAGAAAUUAUAGUUCUCAGCCCCCAAGACCUGCCUUUGAUGAUCGGAAUCAACAGCCAAAACCUUUAAUGUCUCUACCUAGUCAGCCACCUUAUAAUCAAUACUCAAACCCUCCUUCUUCCCAGAACCAACCACAAACCUAUGUGCCAGCUGGAUCUACUUACCCGAUGCCUCCAGCCAGCUAUAAUCCACCUUCAGCAGGUAGCUCUAAUACUGCUGGAUAUCUAUCCCAAAGCUUUGGAGGUCCACCACCACCACCACCACCAGAACAGCAGCAGAAUUCAAUCUACCCACAGCCCCCUCUCCCAUUUGGUGGUCCUCCUUUGCCCCCUAGUGGAAGUAGCCAAGUGCAGCAACCUCCACCUCCAACAUAUAGCCAUGAUUCUUAUGGUAAAGAUCCUCAACCCCCACCCCCUUUAGACAUAAAAGAUAAUUUGAAUAGGCCUUCCCCACCAAGAAAGAGAAAGCGGAGAAGUAGAUGGGGAGAUGAAGAAGAAAAAACACAAAUUCCAGGAAUGCCAGCAAGUUUACCUGUUGAUGCAACAGAAGAACAAAGGGAAGAAUAUCUGUUGCAUUUCAAAAUUGAAGAAAUAAGUAUAAAAUUGCGAUCAGGAGACUUGGGAAUCCCACCUAAUCCAGAGGACAGGUCCCCUUCACCUGAGCCCAUUUACAACACUGAAGGUAAACGACUCAAUACCAGAGAAUACAGAGUGAGGAAGAGGCUAGAGGAAGAGAGGCACAGCCUCAUUCAGAUUGCAACCUUGAGGAAUAAUGAUUACAAGCCACCCAUUGAUUACCGACCACCAUCAAACCGCAUCCAAGAGAAAGUUAUGAUUCCACAAGAUGCAAACCCAGCAAUCAACUUCAUUGGUUUACUUAUUGGACCAAGAGGCAAUACAUUGAAGAAGAUGGAAAAAGAUACAAACUGCAAAAUUAUUAUCAGAGGCAAAGGAUCUGUGAAAGAGGGCAAGGGACGCCCAGGUUUUCCUCUUCCUGGUGAAAACGAACCUCUACACGCACUUGUGACUGGCCCAACCACUGAAGAUGUUAAGAAUGCUGUCAAAGUUAUUGAAAAAAUUAUCAAAGAGGGGGUCGAGACCCCAGAAGGAUCAAAUGAGCUACGCAAGAUGCAACUACGAGAACUGGCAGCCCUCAAUGGAACACUAAUUGAAGAAGAUAUCCAAAGGUGCCGAAAUUGCGGAGCUACGGAUCAUCGGCACUGGGAGUGCACUGAGGUGAAGAACGUCACGAGCCAAAUCGUGUGUACAAAGUGCGGAGGAAUGGGUCAUGUUGCUAAAGAUUGUACAUUCGCCACGGAUGGAGAAGCACCUCCACAACCAAGUAUAGUCGAGAAGGCCAAAAUGGACGAUGAGUAUAUGUCCCUGAUGGCAGAGCUUGGGGUUGACGCGCCUCCUCCUGCGAAACCGACCCCUACCCAGAGUGUAAAGCAAGAUGUUAGCGUGCCAGCUGCUCCCGUUGAGCAAACAGUUACCACAACGCCUGCAAGAACCCAGACUUCCCCAGCUCCUUGGUCUGCCGAACCAAAGCCCCUUAUGUCUACAAACACGCCAUUUAACCAACGAUCUCCGGCUCCGCGGCCAUUAAUGCAAUCAGGAGGCUCGCCUGUGCCAGCAUCGGGUUGGAACACUCCUCGCGGAGCACUGCCAUUCGACCAAACACCGCCUUCAGCUGGAAGAAUGGGCAGGGCUGCACCAUGGGCACAAGGACCCCCAAUGCCGCCUUCAAGCAUGCGGGGGCCUCCUCCGCCGACAUCAAAUGCAGUCCUCCCUGGACCGCCACCAGCCGGGGCUCCUCCUCCAUGGCAAGCAGGACCCCUUCCUCCUUGGCAGCAGUCACCCCAAGGAGCAGCACCCUUCCCUCCUGCAGCCGGCUACGGUAUGCCGCCACCUGGCACCAUGUACCCGCAUUUGGGCCAAACCCCUCCUAUUCCUCCUUGGCAGAGUGCUCCUCCGCCGCCACCGCCUCCGCCGUCCAAAUAACAGAUAAAAACCCGAUGACCUAACAAAUGAGAUGCAAAUUGAUGAGCCAAAAUGUGCAUACAGAAACUUGAACCUGCUUUGAAUUCUCACCCGUUUCAAUCGACAUUUAUACGACAGCUGGAGGACCCCUGUCAUAAACUGUUUUGUUGAUGUAUAGGUUCCGUUGACCUGUGGCAAUUAUUUUUAGCUAAUGGAGUAUCUUUAAAAAGAUUCAAAGAAAACAAGCACAGCAAUUGACAGGUAAUAGGGCCUUUGUCAAUCGGCUUCUGACGUAGCCCCCCUGUCAAUCAAUUACUGGCCAAUCACCAAGCUUGUGAUGAGUGCUGUCAUGUGAGCAGCGCUACCUACCUCUAAAAGUAAUUAUACCGCCCAACCCAAGUUUCAUGUGAUCAAUUUUCUAAAUUCUCUUGCCUGCAUAUGCUUAAAAAAACUGCGAAGCCGCAUGCUCUUGUGUCUGUCGAUUGCCUUUAAGGAUACAUUAAUUGGUCGUGCUUUUAGUUUUAUGUUGAUUAAUAGCGCCUGUUCAACCGGGCAUGAAAGGUAAAAGAGCAGUUUAACGUUUACACCAGUAGUUUCAAGGCAGCAGGAACUUUGGAAGAAUUUUGGAGUUAAGAUUUCAAAAACUUGUUCAAAUGGAGUUUACUUUGCAAUUCUUUAUCGGGUUGAAAUCUGCUUCGUGCAAAUUUUCGAAUCGAUGAUAAAAAUCAUGUUUCUACGAGAUUGCGUGCGCUAACGAACAAAACUUUAUAGUCAAUGGCAGUGAUGCUUUAAAGUAAAAAAUGGAAAAGUUGUUAAAGCUAAUGUAGAAAAACUUAUAUUUGCUAUUAGGGAAUCGAUGAAUUGUAAACAAACUACUUUAAACAUGGAAUGCGGAUAGAAACGAAAGGAUUAUGAACGGAGUCCUACCUAAGCUAAUUUCCUUUGAUUUCCUGUUGUACACAUUAUACUGUGAUGGAUAAUAUCUCGAAUACCUUAUUUUUGCUUUUGAGCUCUUUUAAGAAACUGUAUGAUUAAAGAAGAAUUUUCUGUUUUAUUUUAAUAUCUGCUAAUAACAGUGCCCUCUAGAUCGAUGAUUAGUUUUACUGCUAAAAAACCUCACAGUGUAUCUAACUUAAAGUUGUUACGUCAUUUCAGAAAGACAUUUUAUGAUUUCAUGAUGCCUUCAGAUAGA